AUGGUACAAAGCCACCCUGUAUACAAAACAAAGAAAUGGACAAGCCUCAGCUCCUCUCUUGCCCUGGACAUACAAAAAUCAUUUGAUAUGUCUGCAGUUCCCUCUGAUCCAAUCCUGCCCGCUGACCAAUACCGGAAAUUACUUGAUGCUUUCUCAACAACUUACAUAACCACCACCUCGCCUACUUACCAACGCCUCUUCUCUGAAUCGCCCUGGUUUGACAAGGAAUGUAAAGCCCUAAGAAGGCGAAUUAGGAAAAUGGUCAGAAUCAUCAAAUCUUCCAACGACCCCCAAACCCGUGCAAAGCUCAUAGAUAUUAAAAGGACAUAUAGAAACAUGAUUCAUUGCAAGAAACAGCAGUACAUCUUUGAGGCUUGGUCCACUCUUCGUUCGGCUGUAGAGAG